AUGUUAGCCGCCGGCGCAGACCCCCACCACCACCACCACCCGCAGCCCCGGCUGCCGGAUCAUGGCCAGCACGACCCGACCGCGACGCCCCGGGUCCUGACUGUCGUAUCCCGCGUGCUCGAGAAGCUGGUCGCCCGUAACGACCAGCUCUCCUCCGGCGCCGCCGGCGGUAGGCUGAGGUCGUUUGACGGAGUUCGGCCGCCGUCCAUCAGCCUUGAGAAGUACGUGGAGAGGAUAUACAAGUACACGGGUUGCAGCCCGUCGUGCUUCGUGGUGGGGUUUGUGUACAUUGACCGGCUCGUUCACCGGUUCCCGGACUCGCCGGUGGCGUCACUCAACGUUCACCGGCUGGUCAUCACCGGCGUCAUGGUGGCCUCCAAGAUUCUUGAUGAUAUACACUACAACAAUGCAUUUUAUGCGCGAGUUGGAGGAAUAAGUAAUACUGAACUAAACAAGCUCGAGUUGGAACUGCUUUUCCUUUUAGAUUAUGGAGUCUCGGUUAGCCCUCGGGUUUUCGAAAGCUAUUGUGAGCAUCUUGAGAAGCAAAUGUUGUUGUGCGGCAUAGGAAGGCCGACAGCCAUAACCAAUGGAUCCCUCGACGAUGUUACUGAGAUAUCUAUAGAGGACAGUGCCCAAUCUUCCUCACCACCCAUCUUGGUUGACUGA